AUGAAGUCUGUGUCGCUCCUCGCCACCGUGGCGUUGGCUUCGUUGUCGAGUGCACAUCCUGGACCUGCUAUGCCAAAAUUGAUGGGUGGUAGAGAGUUCCUUCAAACAAUCAAAGGUCGCAAUGCCAUGCCAGCUCCAAUCGCAAAUCUAGUGCAUGUGGAAGAAAGAACACCUGAGGUAGGGCCAAGGGCGGAAGAUCCAAAUACUUGCGGUCCCGGGGUUGGUAGCUGUGUGAAUGCAUGCUGCUCCCCAGAAGGAUACUGCGGUACCACGGAAGAAUAUUGUGCAGCUCCAGAUUGCCAGUUCGAAUAUGGACCUCUUUGUGACACACUCCAAGCUCCAUCUGGUGCUUCGACAGCAAAUAUUGCACGCCCACACAUUGGCGAUGUUCCAUAUGGAGGAGCUGGCGUUUACGAUUGUCAAGUUGCUGGAGACAUUGCAUUCACUUUUGAUGACGGACCGUAUCUUUACACUAAUGAUCUGCUUGACAAACUCGCAGCCUAUGGAGCUAAAGCUACCUUCAUGAUUACCGGUAACAACCUUGGGAAAGGUGCAAUCGAUACCACCCCAGAGUAUGUUACCGUUAUCAAGCGUAUGAUUGCCGAAGGUCAUCAAGUCGCAUCUCACACCUGGGGUCACCAAAAUUUGACAUCCCUUGACCCAACAACGUUCAAAAACCAAAUGUACUACAAUGAGAUGGCCUUCAGAAACAUCCUCGGGUAUUUCCCAACUUAUAUGAGACCACCUUAUUCUGAGUGUAACGACACUUGUGGUGACCUUAUGGCAGACUUGGGCUACCAUGUAACUUAUUUUGAUUUGGAUACCGAGGGAUAUCUGAAUGAUGCUGCAAAUCUCAUUCAAAAGUCCAAGAACAUUUGGGAUGCCGCCAUUGCUACCGCCAAUCCUGCGACAGAUAAUUACCUGGAAAUCGAGCACGAUAUCCAUUAUCAAACUGUCUAUAACCUUACUGAUUACAUCCUUGCUUCCAUGUACUCUCAUGGAUUUAAAUCGGUUACCGUGGGAAAUUGUCUCGGCGACCCGUCUGAGAACUGGUACAGAAGUGGUGACCCUAACGCCGCUGUCCCUACACCAAGUCAACAAGUUUCCGAUGACGGUUCUUGCAAUGCAGAUAUCACAUGUCUUGGUUCCAUCUAUGGAAAUUGCUGUUCCAUUAAUGGAUUUUGUGGAUCUACUGACGCUUAUUGCGGUACCGGUUGUCAACCUGGCAGUGGAACUUGCUCUGGAUCAUCUACAACUUCAACCAGCACUGCUAAAGCUUCAACCAGCACUGCUAAAGCUUCAACCAGCACUGCUAAAGCUUCAACCAGCACUACCAAAACCUCAACCUCGGCACAAUCAACUAGCACCCAAAAGGUUUCUACUGAUGGGAGCUGCUCUAGCUCCAUAACUUGUAUUGGUUCCAGCUAUGGUGACUGCUGCUCAGAACAUGGAUACUGUGGAAGUACUAUUGGUUACUGCGGUACUGGCUGCCAACCCAUUGCAGGAACCUGCUCAGCAUCCACUACCUCCACCAAAAAAAUCACAUCCACAACUACCACAUCCACGGCCGUUGCCACUUCUACUCUGAAAGGAAGCAGUUAUGGAAAUUGUUGUAGUACGCAUGGAUAUUGUGGAAGUACCACUGCUUAUUGUGGUACGGGAUGUCAAAAGGGUUUUGGUACUUGUACAUAG